AUGGUCGUUGAUCUGAUGAACUUCUCAAAAAUGGACGAUCAGCUCGCGAUCAAGGAAGCAGCCAUCGCCAACCUCCAGAGCAUGCAAGCCCUCGUCCUCACCCUCAGCCAUCAAUCUUCGUCGUCUUCUUCCUUUGACUGCUCGGCCAUCACCGACAACACCGUCUCCAAGUUCAAUAAGUUCAUCAAUGCCCUCGAUCGAAAGGGCUAUGCUCGGUUCAGGCGCAGCCUAGUCCAGACUUCGACCGAAUCCUCAUCUCCACCGCGUUCUCCGAUGACUGUAGGUCGGCCAGCUCUGAUUCCUCCUCCAGCGGUGAGUUCCCCGCCUCAAGGGCUCACCCUUGACUUCACCAACCCGAACCCGCCACCCGCCGGUAAGAUCACUGGGAAAGGACAAAUUACUAACGAUUCUUUCAGCAUCUCACCGCCGAUCUCCGGUAACUCCUCGUUUCUGUCAUUGAUCACUGCGGAUGGAAGUGUUUCCAAUGGGAAAGGAUCGUCUCUGUUCCACCGGCGAGGUAUUUGCUGCACUGUAUUGAUGUCGUACUCGAAUAGGAGGUUCCUGAGGAAGGGGAGUUUGAAGAAGAUAAAGGGUAUUAUGAUCUUCAUAUAUUUUAAUCACUUGGGUUUUGUAUUUUGGAGGCUUAGGGAAUUAUCGCUUUGUUUUUAG